AUGGCAGGUAUCAAAGGCAUAGGUGAAGCACGAACAUACGAUGGCUCCUCCCUCCGCAUCGGCAUCGUGCACGCCCGCUGGAACACCAAAAUCAUUGACGCCCUACUCCAAGGCACCAUAGCCGAACUCACCAACGCCGGAGUAAAACAAGAAAACAUCGUCAUCCAAUCCGUUCCAGGGUCCUACGAACUACCCUUUGCUGUGCAGAGGAUGUACGUCGCCAGCCAGACCCAGGCGGCGAGUCAUAUCAGCAGAGGAGGAGCCGGGAGUCUGAUAAGCGCUACAGCGGAUUUACUGGGAGGCAGCACAUCGGAUCUUACCAAACUAUCGAAGGAAACCCCAAGCGGAAAGAAAGACGGCGAGACAAAAGGCAGCACAGCCCCCUUCGACGCAAUAAUAGCCAUAGGCGCCUUGAUAAAAGGGUCAACAAUGCACUUCGAAUACAUCUCCGACAGCGUCUCGCACGGCCUCAUGAAAGUGCAACUCGAUCUCGGUGUUCCCGUUAUCUUCGGACUGUUAACGCUCCUAACGGAAGAGCAAGGACUUGAGCGGGCGGGGAUAGCAGGAGCGACUGAAAAGGAGGGACAUAAUCAUGGGGAGGACUGGGGCAAAGCGGCGGUGGAGUUGGCGGUUAUGCAGGGGGGGUGGAGGGAGGGGAGGUUCGUGGAGUGA